UUUGUCAAUGACUUGUCAUAUUAGAGCUGAGGAAUUAACUAUCGUCAGAUCCAAGAAGCAUAUUAGGAAAUUGAUUGAAUUUUAAUUAUAUACUCUUUAUUUUACGAUAUUCAAAGAUAUUAAAAUGUCAGAAAUAAAAAUAGUCGCGGCGAGCAUAAUAAAUUUUUUAAAACAACAGCUCGAAAGCGACUUGCUAAGUGCCGACUCGAGAGAGAGCGUGGAAGUUGGCGUACAAUGCAUUGAAACCGCAUUCGAAUUGACUCCAGAAGAACUAUCCAAAGGCGUCGACCUUCUCCAGCUCGUGAAAAAACAGCGAGGAGGGGCGACUCCGGCCGAUCGUGUAGAAGCUGAAAAACUAAAAAACGAAGGUAACGAAUUCAUGAAAGCCGAGCGUCACAAGGAAGCCCUGGAAAAGUAUAGCCGUGCCAUCGAACUUGAUCCUCAGAACUCGGUUUUCUUCUGCAACCGAGCAGCAGCACAUUUCAAACUCGGGGAACACGAGUCCGCCGUAGCCGACGCCAUGGCUGCCUUAGCGCUGCAACCCAACUACGGUAAGGCCUACGGACGACUGGGAAUCGCUCUCACGGCGCUCGACAGGCACACGGAGGCACGCAACGCCUUCGCCCGCGCCGUGCAGCUGGAACCGGACAACGAUAGUUACAAGGAGAACCUCAAGAUGGCGGAGGAAAGACUGGCCGAGCGCGGGGAACGACCGCCGCUCGACUUGGGCGGGCUGCUGCAGAACCCGGCGCUCCUCAACAUGGCCACCGAGAUGCUCUCGGAUCCGAACAUGCAGCAUCUCAUCUCGGGUCUGAUGACGGCCAACACUGCGGGGGCUGGGGGCGGCUUGGGCGGCCUGCUCGGCUCGGACGCCGCACUGGCCCCGUCGCUGCUGGAGGCGGGCCAAGCCCUGGCGCAACAGAUGCAAGCCGCAAACCCGGAGCUCGUGGAGCAGCUAAGGAGACAAGUGCGUCCGCCCGGGGCGCCCGGCAACCAGCCGCCACACCCACAGUGAACCGCAUCCUCUCCUCUCAUAUAGCUACAGCAGCUGUGACCCAUUUCCAUAUUUAUAUAUCUAAGACAAGAAAUUAUAUCCUGUGGUUAUUUUAAAACAUGUUUAUUGUUAUAUAUUUGCUUUGUGCAUUCGAUCCAUCCCGGAUUGACAGAGUUAAUAUUCAACAACAAAAUUUUAUUUUGGGAUAAAGUUUUAUUUAAGAAGAAUUAUUAUAAUUAAACAAUGUUAUGGACGAGAGAGAUGUCGAGAAGACACAUCAGUAGUUAGGUAAUAAAUUUUAUAGUAAAGUGUGGGAACAGAAGAGUGUUCAUGUAAGAUACCGGGCUAUCCUGGGUAUCACAUUUAGAAAACAAAAGAAAAAUUAAAAAUAAUAGGGAUUGGAGGAUUGGUCUCCGUCUCGAGGAAACCAACACGAGUCUAGCUAAGAUUUAAAUAAUUGGUUUUAAUAAUAAACAUUUUUGAAAAUA